AUGGAUCCCGAUAUAGACAGCGACAACGAGAUCGAUCAAGUCCUCUCCCACCUCAUCACGGCAUUUCACAUCCUCCACCAACACCAAGUCUUGGACGAAGAUGGCCAGGUCUCAGUUCGCAAUCCUCAAGAUCCUUCGACCUUCUUCACCAGCAAUCUCCCUGCCAUUCUCGUCUCAUCAAAGAAGGAUUUGAGCCAGUGGAACGUAGCAGAUGGCUCUCCCGUUGAUGAUCCAUACCCGGAGCUCGCAAAGGCGUCCGAGCAUUCCGCAGUGUCCGAGAUCUUCGCGCACAGCUCUAUUUACAAGGCCUAUCCCGGGGUACAGAGCGUUCUGCACUCUCACUGCGCGAGCGCCAUCGCGUACGGUCUCUGUAGCAGCUGGAACAGCAUGCUGCAGCCGAGUUAUCUGAUGGCCGGGUUCAUCGGUUAUUCGCCCCCGAUCUUCGACAUUGCACGGUACUACGUCAACCUGCCUGCCUCGCACCCUAGAAAUCUCUUGAUUAACACACAAUACCUCGGCGACGAAUUGGCAAUGACACUACACCGGUCCCAACGUGAGGAGCCGAGGCGUCAUAACACGCCGACGGUCCUGCCGGAGCAAAAGGCUGUAUUUAUACGUGGGCACGGUUACGCAACAUGGGCCGAGAGCCUCGAGGAUGUCGUGUGGCGCGCUGUACAUAUCCGUCGCGACGCAGAUAUACAGACCACAGCCAUGACGCAACGGGACAACUCGGAGCUCGAGAUCGUCUAUCUCACAGAACAGGAGGCCGUGGACUGCGAACUCACAAUCAAUCAUGCAGAGCAGAAACACUGGCUUUCAUGGGUAGCGCAAGUGGACCGGUCGGGCAUGUACAGGAAUGAGCUGGAUGGGUACGGUGCAGCUCCAAGAACUGAAAAAUGA